CAUCAGUCGCGCGCGUUCUAGAAUUUUAUCGCGUGUUCUCAAGCUCACGCGCAGUCUCGUGUGUGUUUUGUCAGUGGUAGCGAAGUUGCUAGCUUCAGAUUCAUUUCUUCCUGAGUUGUUUAUCUGUUCUACCCCGCCGUAAUUUCUGUGCUCGCUAACUGAGACAGACAGGAUGCAGAGUGCCAGUCCAGGGAGCAGGGAUCUAGGGUACUUCCCCUCCAUAUACUCUUCCCUUCCACACUUCACCGUUCCUGAUAUGAGCAUCUCAAAGGGACAAACCGGUGGCUCACUCCACCUCCCGGGAAGCUCCAUGACCAACUCGAGCUGGGAGAGGAGAUGUCUGAGGAAGCACAGGAGAAGAACAGACGAUGAAGGCUGCAGCGCCAAAAGACAGAAGAUGAUGGACGAGGGCGAAUCCGAUCCCUCGGAGGACACGAGCUCCAGCUCAGACCCGGGGUGGUUAACCGAGUGCGCGACCGGUUCUCCCACAGCUCGGCACUGCGCUACGGCCGUCCCGCCGUGCCCAAACACCCAGUGCAAUCAGAACCCUUUACCCGCCGCCAGGCCGGAGACAGAGGGCUCCUGUAUGGAGGUGGAGGCGGCGCAGAGGAAGCUGCAGGAGAUCGAGAACAGAAUAACUCUGGAGGAUGACAGCGAUGAGGAUCUGGACGUAGAGCCGCCUCAGCGCAGACCCGUGCUCGUGCUGUCUGACAGCCUGAGGGAAGGGCUACAGCGCGGCAUUGGCGACAUUCUCCCUCAUACAGUAGCACAAUUAGUGAGCCGUUCGUGUAUGGAGCUGGUGCUGUGGCGCCCCCCGGAGGACCCGCUCACCCAGCAGCUGAAGGACUCUCUCCAGAGACAGCAGCGUAAACAGCAGCCGGUGUGCAGACAGACCCCGACACCCAUCCCCAUCCCUAAAGGGGCGGACGAGCGCACCUUCAGCCCCCUCGCCUGCCCUCCUGCGUCCUCCAGCUCCACAGAGGAGGACAUGGAGCUAUAGACUCGAGCCUACGAGCAUGGAACUGACUUUCUCCGUCGAGCUUCGACCGGAGGUUUUCGGGUUUUGUCGCUUCUGCCAACGCGUCAAAAGGUCGAGCUCUCGGUAUUGCACUACAAAAACGAAACGCGAGUUUUAGUGCCAUGUCUUGCAUCACGUGCCGUACGUCUCUUUUGUUUGCUGCUUCGGACCGUAUUUCGGUGACGAGAUAACCGGGUUUGUGUCGCAGGCUCAAAACCACACUACUACCGUGCACGUCUACGAACGCUCACAUCACGCAGAUGCGGUGUAAGUGUUAUGUAAUGUGACAACAUGGCUGUUCGUUUCCAUCCGUGCCAGCGAGCCAUCAUACAGGAUAUUUACGCUUCAGGUUGUCUCAUGUGUUCCAAAAGUAAUCUGUAGCACUGCAUAACAAAUCCCACAGCUCCUUAGUGUUUUGUAACACUUCUUGGUGUAGGGUGUAGGGUGUACUUGCAUUAUAGUGUACUAUUAUCAGAAAACGUGCUCUCAGCAGUUCUUCAUCCGUCAGAUGUCUUUUCCUCAGCUUACAGGUGUGGAAAAUGAUCCGUUUCAGUCUCGGUGGCAUCCGGCGCAUACGUGCGACAAGAAUUCCUCGGGGUGGGGUGGGGGAGAAGAAGAGAAAAGCUUUUUAAUCAACACUCGGUUGUAAUGGAGGUGUAAGGGCGGUUGUUGUUGAGUGAGGAAUGAGACAGAGUGGCACGCUGUUACAGGAAAAUAAUCAACAGCGGGUUGAUUGAUUGUGACAACGAAGCGGAGUUUCCUGAAAUGUUUUAUUCCUCUUAUACUACACCGAUAUUCUUAAACGAGUGCUUAAACAAUGACACGCCAUACUUUUUACCCCCUUCUCUCUCUCUCUCUCGCUCUCUCUCUCUCAAACCCCGCCCCCCCACAGCAGCUAUUCUGUUACAGCUUUAACCUCUAACUGUUCCAAAGCACUAACAGUGGAGACUCCUUCCAUAAAUGUCCAGUAAACAUACUUUCCUCGCAGAAACUUACACCGCAUCAACGAAUACACGCGUUAAAAAAUAAAAACGUUUACGUAGCGUACGAGUCCCUGCGAACGAGCCGUUUCUAUAGCAGCGAUAACGAGCGCACCGACUCGUAUAAACCCUCGUUAACGCAGCUGCACUACCGUCAGAGCUGCAGACCAAUCAGAAUCGAGAAUUCAGCAUUUCCUGAUAUUUCUGGUAUAUUCUCUGCGCCCUCAGACCCACACGAGCACGGCGCGUAGUCUUCCUCGUGAAGACGGCGUCCCGUCUCUGAAUGCGUGAGCGUAGUACGAGUUCUACGUGUUUUGUAAAGUAAGCGUUCACUACAGAGAAAAGCCGCAAAAUUUCCCCGGACGCCGCGGAGAACACGCUUUCGUGCACACGUCUGGAAGCUGUGAACCCUUUGUUUUGUUUUGUUUUGUUUUGUUUUUUUAAUGAAAUGCUUUUCUUUUGUGAGCACGUCGUAUGAAACGUUCCACCCUCACAAAAUUAAUAAAAAAAGGCAAUAUUAAAUUCAAACGAGGAAUAUCAUAGCAAGUGUAGAACGUUCUGCUGUACAUCCGCCAGGCUUGCACUCCUACGGCGAAUACAAGACGUGACGAUAUUUCGUGUCUUUCUUCCUGUUUGCUUUUCAGCUUUUUGAACGUACAAAUCAUUUUAACAAGCUGUGUAAAGUCGGGCCUGUUUUUCUUUAAUAAAAUUAGAGAUGUACUUAUGGAAAAGGUUGUGAAUGUGUUUACUGAUCAAAAAAAUCAUAAUAAAACACAGUGUAGAAAAUAAUCAAGCGUAAACAGUUCAUGAUAUUUGAUUACAGUUGAUGAAAACAAAUACAGUGCGUAAAUUGUGUAAUCAUGCAGGGAUUCAAUUAUUAACUGAUUUGAUAUAUUUUUUUUUUUAUUCAUAUAUUUUACUGUCUUAAAUUCUUGAAAUCAUUACCGAUUAACGCUCGUACGCCACUUCUUCUCGAUCACGUGAUCACGGGAGCGUCUUUUCGAACGUGUUCUAUAGACGUGAGCUCGGAGACGACUGCGAUCAGGUAGCGUCGCGCUAAUCCACACGGGAGAGAGUAACGAAUCAGUAGUGAUGUGUCGUUCUCUAAGGAGUUGACUCUUUGAAUCGGAUCUUUUCGUUGAACUCCGAGAGCCGACUCGCACGCACGAGUCGUUUUGUUCGUAGACAUACGGGCGAUGCCGUUCGUAAUGGUCCUUACAUGUAGUACCUUUCUGUAGUUCCUUUACUAUUCUAUUAUUUGAGAUAAAAAUGACAACAAGCCUUCUGAGAGUCGAAAGAGUCGACUCUUAUGAGUAGGCUGACAGGUGUAAACUCACAAUAGUCUCAGCAUGAUGCUUCACAAAAAAAAUAAAUAAAUAAAAUAAGGAUAUAGUCAGUGGUCAAAGGUUAGGGUUCAGGGCUGUUUUCAAAUCAGAGUGCUGUCGUGUCACAGAGCUCUCCAGCGCUGGAGCGAUCUAGGAAAAAGAAACCGCGUUAUUUCAUUAUUUUCUUACAGUUAAGUAGUAUAGACGACGUUUCGUACUGUUUACCAAUUCCAGUGCCAAUUAAAAACGCAUCCUAGUUAAGCCAUGGUGAUGUUACGUACUGUCUCCAGGUAGGAUCCAGCCAGCUCGGUGUUCCCCCGCUCCCGGUUUAGACGCGCAGCGCUGGGUGUGUAGGUGUGUGUGUGGCUCUGUGUGUCAGCCUGCAGCUGCCGGAUGCGGCUCUGGAGGUGGCGCAGUAGUUUGUAUGAGUCCAGGUCGUGGCUGCUGGCAGUGUCUGGGACGUGAGCCGAGGAAGCAGAGAAUGCUGGGAUGGCCGUGAUCUCACUGGAGCUCUGGGAGUAGUGAGCAAGCCAAAAUGUUCACCCAAAAUGUUCCCACAGCGAAUAAUAGAUUAUUCAACAUCUCAAAAAAAAAACAAAACAAAAAACCCCCACACACACACCCCCCUACCUCCUUUUCUUAACAUGCUGUUACAUUAUCAAGAAAAUUUGCAUACCGGAAAA